AAGCAUUCGCCCAGGAGUUUGCGGCUGCGGUAUGGAAAGCCGUGGAAGAAGCCUACCAACGAGCCAAGGCGUGUGGAAAGAAGGACAAGAGCAAGGUCGAGGCUCAGCAAAAGUCAAGUCCGCCAAGACGCUUGUACAGCAGGGUAUAGAUCAGUUAUUUUGAAGCUAUGGUUACAGCUGCAGGCGCGGAAGAUUCUGAAGCUGCAGCUGAAGAACCAAUUGGCGGCGAAGAGGGUGACCCUGGUUCGGACGGCGAAGUUCAAACAGAUCCUACUGACCCCGAAAGCUCCGGCACUCUUGAUGAUCCUACCACGAACACAUCUGAUGGUACCUCCGGUCCUGGUGCUGGCCUCGACACACAAGAACCAGAUGGCACCCAGCAGUCCACUCAUAGUGGCGAUGAUAAUCUUGAUAGCGGAUCUACUGGAGGAAAGGGUGGACAAGACUCCACUGAAAGUGGUACUGGUAAUGAAGAGUUCGGCUCUAGUCAGAGUGAGACUGGUGAUGGGGAACUUGAUCCUGGCAGCGGGGGCACGAACAGUCAUGGUUCAGGUCAUCCAAGCGGAAGUCAAGAUGGUGCCGAGUUAGACGGCGGGGAAACCAGCGAUCAGGGUGGUAUAGAUCAAGGGUAUAGCGAGGAGGAACCCAUUGAAGAACCGACCGAAGAGUAUUAGUGUGCUGACUGUCACGUCGGUUUCGUCAAUUUAGUGUCUAGCUGUCAAUAUAUU